UGAGUUUGAGAGACAGACAUAUAGGGAGUUCACAGAACAGACAUUCAAGCAAUGGAGCGAGUCUUGCCAUUUGUUCUUCUGAUCUCAGGUUUCAGCGGAGUAAUUCUGUGUAAACCUGAGUAUCAUUUUGUGAAUGAAACGAAGAACUGGAUUGAUGCACAGACACACUGUAGAAACGCAUACAUCGACUUGGCUACAAUUCAUGACAUGGAGGAUAUAAGUAGAGUUAAGAGCAUUAUUAAAAAUGAGAAAAGUGCCGUCUGGAUUGGGCUUUAUAAAACAGAUGUCGACCUGUGGAAGUGGUCACUCGAGGACAAAUCCCUUUAUAGUCCAGGAGAAUAUGAGUUUAGAAACUGGGACACGACCCAGCCCACUUUAGAACCCAAUGAAGAAUGUGUGAGAGCCCUUGAGGGUAAUGGGAAAUGGCAUGAUGCGGCCUGCGAUGAACAGCACAUAUUUUUCUGUUAUGAUGAAAAUCUCAAUGCAACGUUGAUAAAUGAGAGCAAAACUGGCCAUUCAGCUAAGGCCUACUGCCGAGAGAAGUACAAAGACCUGGCCAGCAUCAGAAAUUUGAAGGAGAAUCAGCAGCUUCAUGAGAUUGCACAGAAAAAAUCUUUUUGGAUUGGACUCAUCAGAGACUCCUGGAAAUGGUCAGAUGGUAGCAACUCCUCUUUCCAAUAUUGGUCCUCUGGUGAGCUUUUCAACCCUGUUAAUUCAAACGAGUACUGUGCAGUCAUAACACCAAGUGAUGGCUUGUGGGGAGACAGGACAUGUACAGCCCUGCUUCCUUUCUUAUGCCAAAAGGAGAAAGAGAUUAAAGAAAGAAAGACCAUCAAAGUGAAACUGAAAUCUGAGACUGCCAUCAAUAUGGAGGAUCCUAAAGUACAGGCAGCCAUUUUACAGCAGAUUCAUGAAAGACUGCAAUUGUCUUCAGAUGUGAAAGUGACUUGGAAGAAGCAGGCAGAUGGCAAUGUAUUCCAUGAGAAUAAAGAGAGGAAGAAAAAGAGGAAGAGGGAAGAUCUUUAAGCUCCGGUCCAGAUGCUUCUGAAACAACAUUAAUGAGUAACAAUACCUAAUAAACCAGGGCUUAAGCCAAUAGCAUUUCCUAUAACCUACAUUCUAUGGUUUUUAUUAUACUGUUUGAUAAGUUAUAUAGCUGACUUACCUCAAUACAUGUAUCCUAUAAAAGAGUCAUUGUUUAAUUAUUACUUCUAGCUCAGAUCUUUCAUGGACAAAUGAAAACAUAGCUAAAUGUGUACCUUUACCUGAGUGCCAUUCUGUUUAAAACCUUGGUCUAUAAAAUAGGAUUCUGUGAAGCAGUUUCUGAUAAAUGUUUUAGACGUGUUCUGCUAUACUAACUGAUCAAAUGUUCUUCCUGAUCAGACUCUGUCUUACAAUGAUGGUAGCGUGUGUUGUUGUUUUUAAUUCUAAUUUAUGUACUUUCAUUUUAAACUACUGCCCUAUAUUGUU